AUGAGGAUGGAGCAAAGGGACACAACAGGGGAUCCUAAUGCAGACGGGACUGAAGUCAGACUCAGAGAGCUGACAUCAAAGUGGUUCAUAGAGACUCAAGUGCCACUCAUGGUCAGCAACGGACUCCUUCCAGCUUGGUUCCUGGGCUUCAUCACAAGACGGGAUGCUGAAGAAAUUCUUAAAGAAAGGGAGCUUGGCUGUUUCCUGAUCCGUCUUAGUGAAAAGGCCAUCGGGUACAUCCUGUCCUAUAGAGGCAGGGAUCGUUGUCGACACUUUGUGAUAAACCAAAAUGAAAUGGGGCAGUUUGUAGUCUAUGGAGACACCGAGGUACACGACACAGUGCCCAGUCUGGUAGAUUACUACAAAACAAGCCCCAUUGAACCAUAUGGAGAGUACCUGACAAAUUCGUGUUUUGAGGCCCUGGAUGAAAACCUAUAUGAUGUUAUCCAGAUUAGCCCCAAAGAAAAACCUGUUGCCGCUGUCAGCGCUGUGAAGAACAGGCAACGAAAACAGACUAACUUGAGUUUAGAUGAGCAGCCUAAACGGCCACCAAAGGGCAACAGGACGCACGAGGAAGGUCCGCCCUUGCCUCGAAGGAGCAGGCACCUAGAUAGUGCCACCAUCAACGAGCAUGACGGGGUUUUGUACGCCCAGCUCAGGAAGCAGUCACCAAGGGUUACACCCAGAGACCAACACAUGCAUCAGGACAGUUUACCCAGACCUAAUUCGAGUUCGACUUCCAAGGAUCAAAUCAAUGGCAGAUGUAGUCCUCCGUCACAUCCAGAAUCCGUUUACUCGGAGCUCAGCAUCCUAGACAGCAAAAGCAGGUCUCUGCCACUCCUGGACAGCAGUUCUGACGGGGAGCAGUCUUACAGACUGAACGCACCUCCCGACACCCCUCCGAGACUUUCCCCCAGGCCAGUCAGACAAGGUAACGGCAGCAGCUCCCAGUCAGAGAGGACAGACUUGGGCAGCAGACCAAGCAGCAGCCACAGCCUGGACUACUUGAGUGAUAAUGCAGUUUAUCACCUGGCUGGCAGGCCCGGGAGCCCACACACUACGUCCUUUGACACUAGAUUGUCAAUACCAGAGGAGCGCACAGAUUCUGUGUAUGCCGAGGUCCCUGGCGAAGCCCCCGCUGACUUCACAUAUGAGCCGAUUCGCGGCCACAAGGAACCAAUCAACCCUAAAGCCAGCAGCAACACUUACGAGCCUCUGGAGGACAUGAGACGCAAACAGACCAACUCAUCCUGGGGAUUUAAGAACGACAAAUGGAAGUGGCUCUUCCCUGAGAACAAGAAGAAAUGGUAA